AUGCCACUUAGAGUCAAAUCUUUUAGGGAAAAUCAAAAAGUUCUUUCUAUAGCUUCUGCAUUUUCAGGGGGAUUGUUCUUGUCUGUGGGACUUAUUCAUAUCCUUCCCGAAGCAGCAGAAAAUUUUGAUAAUUAUCUUAACUAAACUUAACAUUUUCCUUUUUAAAUGCUAAUUACUGUGGCUAGUUUUUCUUUUCUUCUAUUGUUAGAUAGAGUUAUUGGAGGAUAAUUUCAUGGAAUCCAUCAUCACAAUGAAGAAGAUAAUGAGCAUGAUGAGGUAUAAGAGAAAAAACAUCAUAACGGAAACGAAUAUUAUCACAAUAAUAGCUGUAACGAUGAUAGUACUAUAAGUCAUGCCAUUUAUCAUGAUUAUAAUAAUAUUUAAAAUGUUGUUAAAUAUAGCUAAAAAUAAUAUGCUAGAGUUGAAAAUUAGGAUUGUUAAAAUAAAAUUAAAAAUGAUUAAAUUUAAAAUUAAUUUUCAAUAAAUGGAAUAGAAGAAGAUUAAAAUUUUUAGGAAAUUGAAAAUCAAAAGGCAAUUAAAAAAGUAAUUGAAGACACUGAAAACAAGGAGCAUCAUUUAAUAAAUUCAUCAAAGACUAAUUACAGCCUACAAAAUUCAAUUUCUGGUUGUUAAUAAAAGAGAUAUUCUCACUGCUAAGAUGAUUUAUUUUCAAAAGAUAUACACUUAUUAGAGAACAGCAUAGUGAAAUUAGAAGUUAGUAAACAAGAUAGCCAAAUUUCAAACUAUUUUGCUCCUUUUGUUCUUUAAGUUGCUUUAGGCAUUCAUGCGUGUCUUGAAGGCUUAGCUAUAGGUGUUGAAUAAAAAUUUUCAAGGUGUUUAACUAUAGCUCUUGCUGUUUUAGCUCACAAAUGGGCCGAGGGUUUAGUUUUAGGUCUUGCUUUUAAAUAGUCCAACAUGAAGAUAAAAUAGGCUUCUAUUAUGAUAGCAAUAUAAGCUGCAAUGAACCCUAUAGGAAUAGCUUUAGGAUGGAUUCUCAGCGGAGCAGGUAACCUUGUUUGUGGUAUUCUAAUGAGUAUUAGUGCUGGUACUUUUAUUUAUAUAUCUACAUAAGAAGUUAUAGCUGAGGAAUUUAGUAAAAACAGAUAUCAAGUAACAAAAUAUUUGUUUUAUUUACUUGGUGUUGGCUUUAUAAGUUCUCUUUAUUUUAUUGAACAAGCUACAGAAGAUUGA